AUGGGUAACACUAUAGGAACCGACAUUGGUGGGUUUCUUGGCAACGUAUUCACAGCACCGUUCAAAGCCACACUUGGAAGAUCCUGUCUAAAUGUAUGCUCGGGGCCAUGGGAUCUUUCAUGUUUCAUAGAACACUUCUGUCUUCCCGAUAUUGCCAAGCUUGUCCUUAUCUCAGGCCUCUGUGUCAUAAUUUUGAUGUUCAUCACCCUUUUGUUCAAGCUAGGAAUCUGCCAAUGUGUUGUGAAAAACAUAUGCAAAAUGUCAUGUGCCGCUUGUGCAAUGUACUGGUUCGCCAUUGGAGAGAUGAUUCGUUGCUUGUGGCACAGUUUGACCAACACUAAACGUGUCUACCGAAGAAAACGUAUCCGUGACAUUGAAGUCGCGAGUUACGGUUAUCCAAGCGAUAAUGAACCAAGUUCAUCAGACAGCACUAGGCCAAAGCAGAGAAGAAGAAGACGAAGAGGACCAGGACGAGGAGGAGGCUUACACAACCAUAACCAUGGCAGCAACCGUCGCCUCGUGAGACUAAAGAGUAGACAAAUGUCUAUACGAGUUGGAGGCAAAUCAAGAAGAGUAAGAAGUGGUAAAAAGAAGAAGUCUAGUAGAGUGAGAGUUAAGAAGAUUGUCAAAGACAAAGAUGUGGUCGAUUAA